GUCGUUUGUUGAGGCUUUUGUUGCCGUUCAUGAACCUGUGAGUUAUGGAUGGGUGGAUAUGUCUCAUUCGUUGAACACCAUCAACUACUUUGUACACUUGGGGUCACUGUGCGCAUUGGUCUGUUGAAAAAAUAGAGUGCCUUUUCUAAAGGAUACAAAUCGCUCGGGAAAAUGCAACCAAGUCCUAAUGGUCCAAUGGUUUUGUAAAUAUCAGCUCCUGUAUUACAACAAAAACACUGCAUAGCAUUCAUUCUGAAGUGAACAUUCACUGCAUGUUAAUGAUCUUAAAUGACGUGUAUCCAAACAGUAUAAUGUCGAAAAUAAGUUGUCUACAUUCUCGACCGGACUUAAUCGCCUCGUGCUCGAGCCUUCUGCUAAGUGUAUGGCCCUUUACGAAGACUGAGAGACUGCAGCUUUUGGAGAAAGAGAACUGCACCGGGUUCCCGUGUUCGUUGGUUCUCAUUGACCAGAAAGAGAACCAACCCGAUUAUGUUAUAGGACAUAUUCGAUUAGCCCCAUGCCUCGAGCCACCAGAGGGCGUCUACUUAGAAGCACUGUGCAUUGAUCAAACCCAAACCGGCAGAGGUCUAGGCGUUAAGAUGAUGAAACACGCCGAAGAAUACGCAGUUACAGCCCUCGGGUUGAAGCAAGCUUUUCUGUGGAGCGCAACUAGCAUGAGGGGCUAUUACAGCAAGUUGAUGUGGCAGGAGUACACCAAGUUCGGCAUCACAACAGUCGGUGGAAAUAUACUCGGGCAAUACAACGGAGCGACCACCUGGCGAGGAAACGUUCCUCCAACUGGCUGGGAGUCGGCGUACGAAGAAUGCUACCACGAAGACAUGAAAGACUAUCUAAUUAUGACGAAAUACCUAAAGAAAAACUAACUACUGACCGAUCGCAGUAGGCAGUACCUGUAUGUCGCCACGAAGUCUGUGUCGUCUGCUAUCAUUAAACUUGACUUUGCUGACUGUGUGUGACACAAGUAUUUCAAUUGCGGAGUUUAACAUUGGAUACUACGGUGGCCCACAACUGUCACGGCAAAACAAAAGCGCCACGGUAAAAUAAAAAGCGCCACGGCAAAACAAAAAGCGCCACGGCA